GCUAUACAUGGAGGAUGUACUUGCAAUUGAUGACAGUGGCCAGUGGUAACAGUUGAAAUGUCGUAUAAAAUCGGACAACGCGUUGAAGUUCCUGGCAAGGAUUGUCAAGGAGUGAUUGCUUAUAUUGGUCAUCCAGGUUUUGCUUCGGGGAAAUGGAUUGGAGUAAUACUCGAUGAACCAAAAGGAAAAAAUAACGGCACUAUCAAGGGGCAAUCGUACUUUAAAUGCACCGAAAACCAUGGAAUGUUUGUACGACAAUCCCAGCUUAUUUUGUUGGACGAAGCAGGCAACAGAACAGAACCCGUUAGCCCAUCUUCAGCAGGCAGUAGUGCUACAACUCCUGAUGAGGCCAGUGUUGCAAGAGCUAGAAGCCGGUUGAAUAGUUCACGUCUAUCAUUGGCCGGUAGUAGAACACUUUUAAGUGCUCCAAGUACAGAAAGUUUGUCUGGAUCCCAACAUGAACGCAAGGAUGCAGGAGAAUCGCUUAUACCAGCACCUACCUCUACCAAAAGAGCCUCAUUUAUCGAGAAGUCCCCUAGCACGAGCUCGCCUCCCGGCAAAAAGCCAAAGGCCCAAGAUGAUCACAAUAAUACAGGUUUUGUAGAGACUUUGAAACCACAGUUUGUACCUGGCCAAGUAAUGGCAGGUUCUGCAGCAGCCGCGAACGUAAUAGAAGAAAAACUGUCACAUUUGCAACUUCAACAAGAGAAUGAAAAUUUGAAAUCUCAGACCCGUGAUCUUACCGAGAAAGUGGAGACUUUACGGGUGAAGAGAAUGCAAGAUAAGGAACGAAUGAAAGACUUUGAAAAAACGAAACUCCAACUCGAACAACUCGUUGAAUUCAAAACGAAAGUUAUGGAGAGCCAGGCUGGCCUUCAAAGAGAACUUCAACGAGCACGUCAAGAGGCGAGGGAAGCGCAUACAGCUCGAGAACAGUUUCAAGAAGAAAUGGCAGAUCUCGCAGAAACUGUAGAAAUGGCUACAUUAGAUAAAGAGAUGGCCGAAGAGAAGGCUGAGACGUUACAGAUUGAGUUGGAACAGCUAAAGGAAAAACUAGAAGAACAAACAUUAGACUUGGAAAUAUUGCGAACAGAAAUGUCUGAGAGAGCUGCGGGAGGGGGUUCAACUACAGGAACUUCAAGUUACGAGAUAAAACAAUUGGAACAACAGAAUAACAGGCUGCGUGAAACUCUUGUUAGGAUGCGAGAUCUAUCGGCUCACGAGAAGCAUGAAUUCCAAAAACUUCAGAAGGAUUUGGACCAGAAGAAGUCAGAAAUAUUGGAGCUGGGCCGGACGAAAGAGAAAUUAUCCGUACGAGUAGAAGAAAUGGAACACCAGAUCGCAGAUUUGCAAGAACAGGUUGACGCCGCGUUAGGUGCCGAAGAAAUGGUUGAAGUACUUGGUGAGAAGAAAAUGGCGUUAGAAGAAAAGGUUGCGGAAUUGGAAGAAGCUGUAGAUGAUUUGGAAACUUUACAGGAUAUGUCCGAUCAACUUGCUGAAUCGUCGAAAGAAUUGGAAUUGGAGUUGCGCGAAGAACUGGAUCUAGCUCUUGGGGCUGCUCGUGACGCUUAUCGUCAUCGUGACGCAGCUCUGGAGACAUUGACCGAUCGUGAACUUACAAUUACGAAAUUCCGCGAACUCACUCAUCAGUUGCAAGAUCAAUGCCUGCAACUGCAACAACGCGUGCAGUCCACGGAAACAUCAAAAUCUGGAAUGGGCGGUGCGGAACAACAAUUAGCAGAAAUCUUAGACUUCCAGAAGACUUUUGCUGAAACUCGUGCACAAACGAAAGCUGUUGAUCUUGAAUUACGACGAUUGGAGGCUGAAGAAGCUCGAAAUCAUGUGGCCUAUUUAUUAUCGUUUAUGCCUCCAGCUUUCUUAGCUCGUGGCGGAGAUCACGACGCUAUUCUGACGCUUCUACUUAUACCUAGAAUAAUACAGAAAACCGAAAUCGUUAUAUCGCAAGUUCGGGACAAAUACAGAUCGUUGGAUAAGAUCGACAGAGCAGCCGUGGUAAAAGGUCACUCGGUAGCGCAGUAUACUUUCAGGUCGCAUCUCUGUUCAUACAUGUACGCAUUGCAGACAUUCCUCGGGUGCUUUGAAUCCGCCUUGAGCGUUUGCACGCCUGAAAUGUUGCUUAAAGCCGGAGCAGCUUAUCCAGAAAUGGCAGCACAAGAAAAAUCUUUGGAUUUCCUAAUAGAUUUAGCUAAAAGAGAUCAGUUGGAUGAAAAUCUGCCGAUGGAAGCAAUCGAAAAAUGCUGCGGUUACUUCUGUACUAUGUUCUCCGUCUUAUUCGGCGACAGCCUUAACCAAGCACGCUUGGUAGUUAACGGUACGAGAAUGCUGGACAGUUGUUGCGAUGCUAUUACUACCAACGCUGCAGCUAUUAAAACACUGAUUGAAGGAGACGGCGGUGACAUAGGUCUUCUAUGCCAGCAUGCUGAGACGACGUGUGAAGUGAUACAACAGCACUUGAAAUCAGCCAGAAGACGAGUAUUGACCGAUCACGCUGCGGCACUUCAAUCUGCAAAGUCUAGGUUAGGAUUGGAUAAAGAUUCCACCGAACAGGUGUUUACAUGUUAUCAACAUGCCGUGAAGAUUGUGAAAACAUUCCAAACGUUACUAAAGGGCGCUGUACAGGCAAUCAUAUCGAAUACCGAUUUGGAUACAGGCCUCAGUACAGAGAAAUUAAAAGAUAUGGCCUCGAUAGCGUGUGAAAAAGUUUAUGAUACAGAGGAUAUAGGACCUGUAGCAACGAUUAAGGGAAGCUUAACUGUUAUUCAACAAUUGGCAGCGAAUUUAGCGCAAAAAAUGGCCGAAUGUGAGAAUGAAUUGGCUAUAAGUGGACACUUAUCCCAGCAACAAGAGCAGGGCACGGACAGUGAGUCCAUAAUGCCCAUCAUGAUACGAGCACAGACUGCGAGAAAAGAAGCUGAAGAAACUAAAGUACUCAGCAGAAAACUUGAAGCAAGGGACAGUGACAUACGCGAAGCGAAAUUAGCUCUGAGAGAAAAGCAAAAUGAGUUAUGUGAAAUGAUCUUAAGAAAGGACGUUGUAGAAAAGAAGCUGGCGACACAGCAACAUGAGCUGGAAUUGAACGUAGACAAGUUAAAAAGAAAAUUGGAGGAAGCCCAGAAUCAAUUUAAACGAAAGGAAAAAGAGUUCGAAGAGACAAUGGACCAUCUUCAAACCGAUAUCGACAGUUUGGAAACAGAAAGGGGUCAACUUAAAGAAAAAUUGAAGUCUAUUGGAAAGAAAACUGUAAUGUCCUCAUCUAGUUCAGAUAAUAUGGUUGGAAGCGCUACAAUAACGUCGGGAAUUCAAUCGAUGGACAAUAAAUUCUUGAUACAAGAAAUAAGUGCCCUCAAGGAAGCAUUGAAUAGUGAAAACGAACAGAAGAAGAAAUUAAUGUCGGACGCAUUGCGUCAAAAACUAGAACGUUUAGAUCCGAUAAUACCUCCAUCAAAAUCGGGAUCGACUGAUGCAAAAAUACAGGGACUGAAGAAAAAGACUAACAAUCUUACUAAUGAUAUUAAACAAGCUAUGACGUUCCCUACUGUUCCUGAUCUAAGACGCAAAAAAGGACAGGAUACGGAAGGACCGACGUUAGACAAAGCAAUGCCAAUUUACCAACUACUACAACGUCGAUUGGUCAUGAGAGAAUUAAAAGACCGAGUGGAUGAAUUAGUCGGUGAAAUUCGCGAGGAAAUUGUAAAGCGAACAGCAGGAGGAAUGGCUGAAGCUAAUUUCGCGGUGUUUCCAAAUCGCGAAAUGGCAGCGGCGAUACAGGAAAAUCAAUUAUUUGCUGCGGAAAUCACAAUUCCUUAUAAAGGUCCGGAACAGGUUGUCACGGUUAACGUAGGAACACAGGAACUUAAACGAAUUCACUCUCUACUGUGUUAUUGAUUCUUGAAUGUUAAUUCUUAAUUUCAUUUCAUGUUUAUUCAUCGAGUGUAGCAGAACAUCC